AUGGAGGUUGGGAUCUGCGAUCCGAACCCGAACCCGGUUCGGGUGAAGCGGAAAACCCUUGAGGCCAUGCUGGAACAGUGUCAGAGAGCCCUUGAACUCAUCAAUGCUUCCGAUGCACAAAACCAAGAACAAGACGAGGAAGAAGAAGAAGACUCUGACGAAUCGCAUCCUUCCACGUGCCCCGAUCCAGAAACCGAUCAGGCAAUUACUCUUUCUUUUCUUCCCUUUCAACUUAGAUACUUGAAUUUUCUAUCGGUUAGGUUGUGUGACCUAAUCAAAUCUAGAGUUGAAUGCCCUGACUUCCUUGAAAAAUUGGAGUAUGCACAGGCAACAGUUUCGCGCAAUACAGCUGAAGAAGGUAAUUCUUGGGAUUUUGUUAGUGAAAAUGAUCUUUGGGAAGAUGAAGAUGCUAACAUUGACCAGGAAGAUUAUGUCCUUGUUAAACAAGAAGAUAUAGUGGAAGGAAUUGCAUGCUUCAUGGCUGCAUAUUUGUUGUCCCUCAAGCAAACCAAGGAUUUGACCCCAAAUCAACUCCAGGAUGCUCUCAGCAAGACAUUUUCUGUGAAAAAUAAAAAGGGAAAGCUUCGAAAGGCAUGGGAUGGGAGCAAAGUUGUUUAUAAUGUUGCAUCAUGGGGUGCUACAGCUAUCGGGAUAUAUCAAAAUCCUGUUAUUGUAAGAGUUGCAACUAAAGCAUUCUGGACUUCUUGCCAAGUUAUAUCAAAGCUACUCUGA